AUAUCCUUUCCUGGAUUCUCAAGAAAUAAGGAAUCACGGGAUUGUUCUAGCCCGGACGUAGUAUAAAUGACCGUCGGUAGUGGUCGGAACGUGGGGUAGCGAUAAGAAGCUCAAUCCAACUUCACAAGUGUAGCAUAACUGGAUGCGAGGGAGGACGAUCUAUUCCGGAUCGGGAACUUGUUUGGAGAAAAUGAAGGCAUACAGGAGAGUAUGCAUCAUAGCUGAUAAGGGAAGAGUCACCACAUGAAGUGAGGGCUCAGCACUUUUGACAAUCUUUAUCAGGGUCACAGGAGGCUUCUGGAAUGCCUAUUUGGGUCAAAACUUCGAGUUUGAUGGGGUUGGGCGAUUAUCUAUGUUUGUUCCGAAUGGAAUACCAUGAGCAGUAUCUGCAUGAGCUUUUUUGUAUUUCUAAAUAUUUUCCAAGGUAUUUUUAUUACCUUUGUAUGAGAUAUUUAUUGCUCGUCCAGAUCCACUUGUUUGCUUACCGAGAAAAGUCAGUUCUGCUGGUCAUUUGGGUCAGUCUGCAAGGUAUCGGCGCAAUAAGUAAAAUAGGCUCUGGGCUUCCCUAGUUUUUUGAUAUAGAAGCCCUUGUAUGUACAAUUCUAGUCAAUCGAUUCAUUACUUCCUCCCUCCGUAGAGAUGCCCCGUCAACACCCACCCCGCCAUAACGACCUGCCUAACGCCGAAGAGGAGCCAACGGAAUAUACCUCUCUUUUUCCCAAACCAACAGAUAAUGACACUCUCAAAGAUGCAGACACCAAUGACGGCUAUGAUUCUAGCAGCGAGGGCUGGCAUCGAUACCUCGGGGAGUUCUGGAUUCUGUUGAAGGGCUCUAUCCCGGUUAUCCUGGCCUAUACACUGCAGAACAGCUUGCAAACUGUAUCCGUGUUGAUAGUCGGGCGUUCCUCACCCGGGGAUCUGGCCACAAGCGCAUUCUCGCUGAUGUUUGCUAUGAUCACUGCGUGGAUGAUCGCUCUGGGAGGGACAACAGCCCUGGAUACAUUGGCCUCGUCAUCGUUCACGGGGAGCUCGAACAAGCAUGACCUUGGUGUUUUGCUGCAGAGGGGGUUUUUUGUUCUCAGUCUUUUCUAUACCCCCGUCGCCAUUCUUUGGGCAUGCUCUGAGCCUGUCUUUCUGUUUCUGGGGCAAGACCAUCAGCUGUCUAGGGACAGCGCGAGAUUCUUAUCGUGCUUGAUUCCUGGUGGUUUGGGUUAUAUUUAUUUCGAAUUGAUUAAGAAGUAUUUGCAAGCUCAAGGUAAGGUUUACCUUAUUAUGCCACUCCUGAAUGCAACUACUAACUUUGCACCUUUCUCAGGGAUCAUGCGUCCAGGAACAUACGUGCUAAUGAUCACAUCCCCCUUCAACGCCCUUCUCAAUUACCUAUGCUGUUACGCCUUUGAUAUGGGCUUACUCGGGGCGCCCUUUGCCCUCGGCAUCUCAUACUGGUUGUCCUUUAUCCUGUUAGCUCUCUAUGCCCGAUUCGUUGCUGGGUCCGAAUGCUGGGGGGGAUGGUCGCGAGAGGCGUUCCAGAACCUCGGUACAUUUGCCCGCCUGGCCUUCCUGGGUAUCAUCCAUGUCGGCACAGAAUGGUGGGCAUUUGAGAUUGUGGCUCUAGCGGCAGGCCGCCUGGGCACCAUCGCAUUGGCUGCACAAAGCGUUAUCAUGACCGCAGAUCAAGUGCUAAACACAAUCCCGUUUGGGGUGGGUGUUGCCACAUCGGCACGAGUGGGUAACCUUCUGGGAUCUCGGAACGCACCGGGAGCUGCCAAAGCAGCGAAUACGGCCGCCUGGCUCAGCAUUUUCCUUGGAGCGGUCGUACUGGUUGUCUUGAUGGGUACCCGGCACGACUUUGCGAAGAUCUUCAACUCGGACGAGCGAGUGGUGCGCCUCACCGCCGAGGUGCUACCGUAUGUUGCCCUGUUCCAGAUUGCCGACGGCCUAAAUGGGAGUUGUGGGGGUAGUCUUCGCGGUAUGGGUCGACAGCACGUCGGAGCGAUGAUCAAUCUGGUUAGCUAUUACUGCGGUGCUCUGCCUCUCGGCAUUUGGCUGGCAUUCCACGGCUGGGGCCUCAAGGGACUGUGGAUGGGACAGUGCAUUGCAUUGUAUCUGGUGGGGGCGUUGGAGUGGAUGAUCGUGGCUCUCAGCAAUUGGAACAAAGAAGUGGAUAAGGCCUUCGCGCGCAUGGAUGUGGAACGAUUGGAUGAAAGGUAGAGUAGUUGCACAGUAAUUAAGUACUUGAUUGUAUGGAGGUAUGAUGUAUGGCAGAGUUGAUUGUGUUCAAGUUGUGUCUCCAAAGCAUGAGCUCAAACGGGAAGUUCGAUUGGCCAAGAAGUACUUCUCCAACAAGCUAGUUACACGCUUAUAUCCCAGACAGAUGAAGAUCGAUAUUUUUCCGAGGACAGACCCG